AUGACAGUGGAGGACCUCUUUGUCUCUGCAGCCCGUAACUCUCUGCGUUCUGGUAGAAAGGGUCUCUCCGUGGCUCAAAGUCUGAAUCUUGCUGCUCAGGUCUUGACUGUGGAUCUGGGGCUGAAGCCUGCUCUCCUGUACGACAGCAACGCUGCCUGUGCCGAACAGCUCCAGCGGUACCUGAGCUGCCUACGGUCUCUCCAGCUCGUGUCUCAAUCCCUCCUCACGCUGGAUUUAAAUGGAAACAGUCUCAUUAUCAACGCAGAUGCCCUCAGAUCUAAUUUAGAGAAGAUGCUUUGUGACGGUGGUCCGCCUGUUGUAAAUGUCUCUGUGUCUUUGGAGAAGCCCACCAUCUCUAAUGCUCAGAGAAGAUGGCUGACAGGUGUGGUGGCAGAUUUUCUGCUCCUUCUGGAGGAGUUUCAGCGACACGACCAGGCUGAUAAACCUCUUCAUGUUGGGGAGAAAUCUGAAGAUUGGAACCUGUGCACCAUAUUUGGUCUCUUACUGGGUUACCCAGUCACCUACUGGUUUGAUCAGGCCAGGAGCUUUGAAAACUGUCUGUCCAUGACGCCGCUGGUGGUGGCUACGGCAUCAGCAGCAUGGCAGACGGACGGCAACGCUCACAGGUUCUGUCUGUAUUCGUUCAGUGUUCCCGCCGCUCUGCAGGAGGAGACUCAGCCCGAGCUGGAGAACUGGAGGUUCAGGCUGCAGGAGAGAUUUGAGCAGCAAAGCAUCAUGAAGGAUCUCAGUAUCAGUCAGUCCACAGUCACUCUUCCCUCCAUCUGUUUGUAAUUCAAUAACAAAGUUAGGUUUAAAAUGAAAUAAAAUGCUCUUGAAUCCGA